GGGGUCGGGGGCGGCUGGGCUUCCCGGGCAGGCCUGCAGAUUGACGUCACUUCGAGCGGGCCGCUGCGGAGAGCAGGAGGCACUUUGUGUCUUUAAGACCCUUUGGAGGCGGGCCCUGACAGCUGACUCCGCCAGGAGCUCUCCUCCCCUUUAAGGCGCGCGGCAGGGGCGGGGUCCCGACGACGGCCCCUUUAAGGCGCCGUCCGCGUCCGCCGGCAGAAAAGCGGCUUAAAGGCGACGCGUGGCGCGAUGGCGGCGACCCCACGCGCAUGUCGGGGGCACGGGCGGCCCCUCCCGGUGCUGCUGCUGCUGCUGCUGUUGGCGCUGCCGCCUUUGGAGGGCCCCCCGGGCGCCGCCGCCUACUUCCCAGAGGAGCGCUGGAGCCCCGAGUCGCCUCUGCAGGCGCCGCGCGUUCUCGUCGCGCUGCUGGCGCGCAACGCGGCCCACGCGCUGCCUUCCACGCUGGGCGCGCUCGAGCGGCUGCGGCACCCCCGGGACCGCACAGCUCUGUGGGUGGCCACGGACCACAACUCGGACAACACGUCAGCCGUGCUCCGGGAAUGGCUGGUGGCCAUGAAGAGUUUGUACCACUCUGUGGAGUGGCGGCCGGCAGAGGAGCCCAAGUCCUACCCAGACGAGGAGGGCCCCAAACACUGGUCUGACUCACGCUAUGAACACGUAAUGAAGUUACGCCAGGCAGCCCUGAAAUCGGCCCGGGACAUGUGGGCCGAUUACAUCCUGUUUGUGGACGCGGACAACCUGAUUCUCAACCCUGACACGCUGACCCUGCUCAUCGCUGAGAACAAGACGGUGGUGGCUCCCAUGCUGGAUUCCCGGGCUGCGUACUCCAACUUCUGGUGUGGGAUGACCUCCCAGGGCUACUACAAGCGCACGCCUGCCUACAUCCCCAUCCGCAAGCGGGACCGCCGGGGCUGCUUUGCAGUCCCCAUGGUGCACUCGACCUUCCUGAUUGACCUGAGGAAGGCGGCAUCCAGGAACUUGGCGUUCUACCCUCCCCACCCUGACUAUACCUGGUCCUUCGACGACAUCAUUGUUUUUGCCUUCUCCUGCAAACAGGCAGAGGUCCAGAUGUACGUCUGCAACAGGGAGGUGUAUGGCUUUCUGCCGGUGCCACUGCGGGCACACAGCACCCUCCAGGAUGAGGCCGAGAGCUUCAUGCACGUGCAGCUGGAGGUCAUGGUGAAGCACCCACCCGUGGAGCCCUCGCGGUUCAUCUCGGUGCCCACCAAGACGCCAGACAAGAUGGGCUUUGACGAGGUCUUCAUGAUCAACCUGAAGCGGCGGCAGGACCGACGGGAACGUAUGCUGCGCGCGCUGCAGGAGCAGGAGAUCGAGUGCCGGCUGGUGGAUGCUGUGGACGGCAAAGUCAUGAACACUAGCCAGGUAGAGGCACUGGGCAUCCAGAUGCUGCCCGGCUACCGGGAUCCUUACCACGGGCGGCCCCUCACCAAAGGCGAACUGGGCUGCUUCCUCAGCCACUAUAACAUCUGGAAAGAGGUUGUGGACCGCAGGCUGCAGAAAUCACUCGUGUUCGAGGACGACCUGCGUUUUGAGAUCUUCUUCAAGAGGCGCCUAAUGAACCUUAUGCAGGAUGUGGAGCAGGAGGGUCUGGACUGGGACCUCAUCUACGUGGGCCGGAAGCGGAUGCAGGUGGAGCACCCCGAAAAGGCUGUGCCCCGCGUGAGGAACCUGGUGGAGGCCGACUACUCCUACUGGACGCUGGCCUACGUGAUCUCCCUGCAAGGCGCCCGCAAGCUGCUGGCUGCCCGGCCGCUCUCCAAGAUGCUGCCCGUGGACGAGUUCUUGCCGGUCAUGUUCGACAAGCACCCAGUGUCUGAAUACAAGGCCCACUUCUCCCCUCGGGAGCUGCGCGCCUUCUCCGUGGAGCCCCUGCUCGUCUUCCCCACACACUACACGGGGGAUGACGGGUACGUGAGCGACACGGAGACCUCGGUCGUGUGGAACAACGAGCACGUCAAGACCGACUGGGACCGGGCCAAAUCCCAGAAGAUGCGCGAGCAGCAGGCCCUGAGCCGUGAGGCCAAGAACUCUGACGUGCUGCAGUCCCCCCUGGACAGUGCUGCCCGGGAUGAGCUCUGAGAGCUCUGAGGGGCGGUGGCCAUGAAUCCACAGCAGCUGGUCGCUGGCCCGGCCCCCGCACGCCCGCC